GGAUUGCUCAUAUUCAGGGAUGUGGCCAUAGAAUUCUCUCAGGAGGAAUGGGGAUGCCUGAACCACAGUCAACGGGAAGUGUACAGGGAUGUGAUGUUAGAGAACUAUGGACACCUCCUCUUCUUGGGGACUGCUGACCUUCAGGGAUGUAGCCAUAGAAUUCUCUCAGGAGGAAUGGGGAUGCCUGAACCAGAGUCAGCGAGAACUGUACAGGGAUGUGAUGUUAGAGACCUAUGGACACCUUCUCUUCUUGGGCCUCAUUGUGUCGAAACCACACCUGGUCAUUUUUUUGGAACAAAAGAGGGAGCUCUGGGAUGUGAAGAGAGAGAAGACGGUAGCCUCACCAGCAGGUAGGUGGGCAUGA